AUGUCUCACCACGACAUCUCCGACGCGGAGUCGCGCAACCGUCUGCCUACUCUCUUUGAGGUUCUCAGCCGUCGAACCCUCGCCCCGGUCGACCUUUUUUCAUUCUACAUUUACAUGCGGGAUCAACAGCGCUCGGUGGAUUACCUGGACUUCUGGCUUGAUGUAUCCCAACACAUGCUACUGUGUCGACACUAUGUCCGAGAACUCCGCCGUUCUGUCUUAGUUGCUACUCCCGAUAUUGAACGAGCCGACAGCAAACAAUCAUCUGCCAUGCUAGACAAUCUCGAGAACCUGGGCGAUAUUCCACUGGAGGAGGCCGGGCCUUCUCGCCUGCGACAUGGAUUCCAAGAGAAUGAGAAGGGUGGAGAUGCCGAUCAACGUUUGUCGGCGUUCCUCCGCUCCGAGGGUGCCACUUCAUCACCAUCCCGUCAAAAUAGUCUGGGAUCGUCUCAAGAGUCCGCGCACCGGAUACCUUCCAAUGAAGAAGGCCGUCAUACACCGGAUUCACGGACCAACGACUCCAACUCCCCUGGUCACACUGUGGACCGUAAUGACAUUCGCGCCAGCGCUGAGAAGAUCCUGUACACAUAUCUACUUCCCGGCUCCGAACGAGAAAUCAUGCUUCCAGAACCUAUGGUCUCCUCAAUUAUCAACUUAGUCGAAGACGACGGCCGAGACGACCCUGAGGUUUUUGACCCCGCUAAGGACUACGUGUUCCAGGCCAUGGAGCGUGAUGCUUUCCCCGGAUUUUUGCAGGCAAAGGCUUUGGGGAAUAUCGUCCCCCUCAGUACUAUCUUGCGCCUCGCCUUUGCUCUCAUCAGCUUCGGCGGUGGCUUCUGGGGGGCUUUCUAUGUCGUGCUACGCAACAAGCCUCGUAACAUUCGCUGCUGGAUCAUUCUCCCAUUCGCCGUUGCGUCUUAUUUCAUCAUCUCCUACCACUAUAAGAUUGACCCGAUCAUGGCGUUCUUGGGCUACAGUGAAUACACAUUUAUGAACUGGGCCCCGAUUCGUGAACCCUAUGUUCGGAAACUCUUGAACAAACGUGCCCUUGUCACCGCGAUGAUUGCCUUCGUGACAGCCGCGGCCUUGAGCAUUUUGUUCAUUUUCGUCCCUGGUACCAUGUUGUGA